UCUUUACCACCAGCUGCACAGUCAGCUAGGAAUAAAGUUAAAUUGUUCCUCGGUGACCCCCUCUUUCCAAAAAACUCAGAAGUAGCACCAUGUGUGACACAGAGGAGAUUGUGGAGGAGUAUGAGGAGAUGAACAAAGAGGAAGAGGCUGAGGAAGAAGCAGCAGCUGAGGAAGAUGAGCAGGAAGACAAAAUGCAAGAAAACAAGAAAGAGGAAGAUGAGCAGGAAGUAGAGGAGGAAACCAAGCCCAAGCCUAAGAUGUUUGUUCCCAACAUUUCAGCACCAAAGCUGCCUGAUGGAGAGAAGUUGGACUUUGAUGAUCUCCACCGUAAGCGUUUGGAGAAGGACUUCAAUGAACUGCAGAGUCUCAUUGAGCUGCACUUCAACAAUAGGCAGAAGGAGGAGGAGGAUCUCGUAGCUUUGAAGAACCGCAUUGAACGGCGACGGGCCGAUCGUGCCGAGCAGCAACGCAGCAGAGCCGAGCGAGAGCGAGAGAAGUUGGCAUACCUGGCUGAGGAGAGGGCACGACGCGAAGAUGAGGCAGCCAAACUGCGGGCUGAAGAGGAUGCCAGGAAGAAGAAGGUCCUCUCUAACAAGGGCUAUGGUGGGUACUUGCAGAAGGUGGAUCAGAAGAAAGGCAAGAGGUUGACGGAACGCGAGAAAAAGACCAAGGCUCUUUUGGAGCGUCGGAAGCCCCUCAACAUUGACCAUCUCAACCAGGAGAAGCUAGGAGAAAAAGCCCUCGAUCUCUGGAAGUGGCUGAGUCAACUUCACGCAGAGAAGUUUGACCUGGCAGAAAAGCUAAAGAGGCAGAAGUAUGACAUCAAUGUCCUGCGUAACCGUGUUAGUGACCAUCAAAGAGGAGCCAAGGCAACCAGGAAAUCCAGGAAGUAAUUUUCUUGGAUUAAAACAACAGAAAAAAAAAAAAAAAAAAAAAAAAAAGUUUAUUGGAAUCACGAUUGCAAGUCUCUCUGUGAAAUUUCCAGGAUAUUGUAUUUCUUUUGUUUACAAAUAUCUUUAUUAACAAUACACUCUGUAUAUUCACUUAGAGCUGUAUGUGUGCAAUGAGUUUUGUUGUUAAUGUUUUGUUUUGUUUCAACUUGAUUUUCUGAUGAUAUGAACUUCUACUUCUUAGACUUCACAUCAUUCAGUAACACUGCAAUAACAUGUUUUGGUUAUAUUUGAAUGUAUGAUUAAAAUAUUUGGGACUCUUGUUCUUUCAUCUUAUGUACUACA